AUGCACGGUAGCGUCGAGAUCGGCCCUCGAACGGCGUUGGCGGCGCCCACGGACCCCGGGGUUAUCCGGAUCCAGAGCGCCGUCAUCCUGGCGGUCUCCAUUCUGUCACUGCUCGGGGCAGCCUGGAUAAUAGCCAGCUUUUUGGCGUUCUCCAACCUGCGUACCUUUCGCCACCAUCUCAUCCUCGGCCUGGCCAUCAGCGAUUGUGUCAUGGCGCUCAACUUCCUCCUGUCGUCGUCCCUGAACGUCGGCGGGCGGUGGAUCGGGGCGCCCGAGCAGGCCCGGUUCUGCACCUUCAACGGCUUCAUGACCCAGGUCUUCGUCAUCCAGACCGACUACUGGGUCCUGAUCAUCGCCGUCUGCACGUACUUUGUGCUCGCCGACCACAAGCGGAGCUCGUCGUGGGUUCAGGAGCAUCAGCUCAUCCUCUGGAUUUUGCCGUGGCUGUUCUCGAUCGCCUGGGCUGCCAUCGGGCUCGGCGUGACCGGCUACGGCGACGUGGGCGGAUGGUGUUGGUUCACUUCGGACCAGGUCCGGCUGCUGGUCAACUUUGUCCCGCGGUGGACGAUCAUCGGGGCCAUGUUCGUCAUGUAUGCGAGGCUGUACUUCAUCCUAUUCCGCGCCCACCGUCACAUGGCAUCGCUCGAUGCGUCGGGGAGGCUCAGCGGCUCAGGCUCUCGCCAGCUCGAAACAGGCGGCACGACCAGCCAGCACGACAGGUCGGGCAACCCAUCCAGGCACACCCGCAAGCUGAAGAAGCUCGCCCGGCUCAUGCUCCUGUACCCCCUGGCCUACGCCGUAGUCUGGACGCUGCCGACGACCAUCCGGAUCUACCAGACCAUCAGCGGCGAGCCGGCGCCGUGGCAGGUGCAGACGCUCGACAAGGCGUGCAUCGUCGUGCAGGGCUGCGUCGACGCCGUCAUCUACGGCGCCACCGAGAGCUCGCUCUCCAGCUGGCGCAACCUCCUCUUCCCGCGCAAGUUCCCGGCCGUGGCCGUGGACGGCACGCCGGCGCCGGCCUCCGCCCGGCCCGCCACCUACGGCGACGUGAGCAGCAACCCAUUUUGCCACAUGGCAAAGACGGCCCUCCCCUGUAGAUGA